CUCGGGCUCGACCUUCUCCUGCCUUCCCCCACCAGGAGGCUUGACCCACCCACCUGCCGCGUCGUCCCGGGCGUUAAAACCGCACGCGCCCCGCCCGGUCAUUAGUGCGCCGCGCCCGCGCACUCCCGCUCCCGCUCCAGCUCCCCGGCCGCUUUGCGGGGAUUUCGAUUGGUUUCGUUUCACCCGAGAGCGCGAGGCCGGCGCGCGUGGGAGCGGGCUGGAUUUGCGCGUCCUGUACCGCGCGCCCCAUGUGACGGGUCGCUCGCCUGCCCCCGCCCCCCUUCUCCCUCCCUCAUCCCGCAGAGCAGCAGCAAGGCGCCGAGCGGGGCAGCGCGGGGUCCCCGGCCAGCCAAACCCCGCCCACCACCCCGCCCCCCCAAAAAAGGCGAGCGGGCGGGCGGAGACCGGAAAGGCGGGUGCGCGCUCGUGCUCGUGCUCCCCGACCAGGCCAGGCCAGGCCACAGCGCUAGCUAGGCGCCAGCGCGGCGGCGGGUGGCGAUAUGCUGCGCGGCGCCCGCGCCCGAUCUGCCGCCGCGGCCGGGAUCUGACUGGUGACGCCGACGCGACCGGGGGAACAGGAUGUCGGCGCCGCCGCGGGGCGUGAGGCGGCGGGCCGGGAGCGUGGCGCUCGGGGACCUGCUGCGGCGGGAGGCGUCGGCGGAGCGCGUCGCGGCGGGCGGGGGCGAGCGGCCCACGGUCGCGGCGGGGCAGGCGGGGCGCGCGAAGAAGGGCGAGGACCUCGCGCUGCUCAAGCCCGCCUGCGAGCGGCGCCCCGGCGCGCCGUCCACCUCCUUCUCCGCCUUCGCCCUGUUCGACGGCCACAACGGCAGCGCCGCCGCGGUGUACGCCAAGGAGCACCUCCUCGGCAACGUGCUCGGCUGCGUCCCCGCCGAUCUGAGCCGGGACGAGUGGCUCGCCGCGCUCCCGAGGGCGCUCGUCGCGGGCUUCGUCAAGACCGACAAGGACUUCCAGACCAAAGCUCAUUCCUCAGGGACAACCGUGACUCUCGUCAUAAUUGACGGCUCUGUUGUGACUGUUGCUUCCGUGGGCGAUUCGCGCUGUGUCCUUGAAGCUGAGGGAUCCGUCUACUAUUUGUCGGCUGACCAUCGUUUUGAUGCCAGUGAAGAGGAGGUUGGACGUGUAACAGAAUGCGGAGGUGAAGUUGGAAGGCUAAAUGUCGUCGGUGGUGCUGAGAUUGGUCCCCUUAGAUGUUGGCCAGGUGGUCUAUGCCUGUCAAGAUCAAUUGGUGAUCAGGACGUAGGUGAAUUUAUAAUUCCUGUUCCUUAUGUGAAGCAGAUGAAGUUGUCUAAUUUUGGAGGCCGCCUUAUUAUUGCAAGUGACGGUGUUUGGGAUGCUUUAACUGCCGAAACGGCUUUUAGUUGCGCACGAGGUCUUUCUCCCGAGGCUGCAGCUGAUCAAAUUGUCAAAGAAGCAGUGGAAUCAAAAGGAUUGAGAGACGAUACAACUUGCAUUGUCAUUGAUAUAAUACCACCAGAGAAACCAAAAUCCAAUAUGGAAUCUCCAAAAACACCAGGAAAAGGCCUUGGCCUUCUCAAAAGUUUCUUUUUGAGGAAAACAUUGUCUGACUCAUUAUCUGUUGCUGAUAAGGAUAAUUAUCCUGAGCCAGAUUUGGUGGAGGAAGUCUUCGAGGAGGGAUGUCCAUCCCUUUCAAGGAGGCUUAAUUCUGAAUAUCCAGUCCGGAAUAUGUUCAAACUCUUUGCAUGCGCAAUUUGCCAAAUUGACUUGGAAUCUGGUCAGGGGAUAUCCAUACAUGAGGGUUUGUCAAAGCCAGGAAAGCUGCGUCCCUGGGAUGGCCCUUUCCUUUGUCACAGUUGCCAGGAAAAGAAAGAGGCAAUGGAGGGGAAGCGUCACUCAUGAGAUUCCUCAUCAAGAAAUAGCGGGUCAAGCGAAUAGUACCCAAGGCCAGGAGUCAUCUUGAGGCAACCAACUAGUGGUGCAGCAGGGAUAAUGCUUUUGUUGCAAUCAGCAUUAUCCCUGUAACAGAUGUUGGGAGGCACUGCCGCACUGUGGCUAGCCUAUAUAUGCUGAAGAAGUUAUACAGUACUGGAUUGUAGAAGCAAAUCUGAUCGACUCUUGAUACCGGGGGCUCUGGCAGUGGCAGACAGGUGUGAUGCCAAGAGAUUAGCAAAAAAUGUUGACAAUGGCCAAUAGUCAUGUAAAUUACUCAUGGUAUAGAGGUGUGAGUGACAAAUAGCUGCGGUUUUGUAAUUCUCAACUAGGAUUAGGUAUUGAGACCCUGUAAUUCAACUGGGAGACCUCAAUUAAAGGUCAACAACAAUGUAGCUCGUUCUCAUGUAGAAUGUAUGAUGCCCUAUAAUCUUCAUGAUUCAACACUGUAAUUACUACAUCCAAGAAGAUCGUUGCAGACCUGAUUAUUUCUUUUA